GGUGCCGGGAGCGGGGACGGGGGGGGCAGAGCGAGCGAGCGCGCCCGGCGAAGGGGCCGGAGACGCGGCGGCGGCGGCGGCAGCAAGAUGGCGGCCAAAUCGGAUGGCGGCGGCGGCGGCGUGGGCUUCGCCCAGCUGCACAACCUGGACGAGGCGGCGGCGGCGGCGGCAGCGGCGGGCGUCUGCGGCGCCGGCGGCGUCGGGGCAGCGGCGGCCGAGGGCGCGGAGGAGCCGGGCGGCAGCAGCUCCUUGCACAUCUGCCACUGCUGCAACACGUCGUCGUGCUACUGGGGCUGCCGGAGCGCCUGCCUGCGGAGCCUCUUCGGGCGGGCGGCCGCCGCCGCCGCCGCCGAGCCGCUGGCCCCGCGCCCCGCCGCCGAGGGACCGCCGCCGGCGCCGGAGGUCGGGGAGGCGGGCGAGCGGCCGUGGCUGGACUGCCUGUGGAUCGUGCUGGCGCUGCUGGUGCUGCUGGGGGACGUGGGCACGGACCUGUGGCUGGCGCUGCACCACUACGGGCGGCGGGACUACCUCUGGUGCGGCCUGACGCUGGCCUUCGUGCUGCUGCCCUCGGUGCUGGUGCAGAUCCUCAGCUUCCGCUGGUUCGUGCAGGACUACACGGGCGGCGGGCUGGGCGCCGUGCAGGGCCUCAGCAGCCGCGGGCCGCCCAUGAUGGGGGCCGUCGGCCGCCGCGGGGGACCCGCCACCCCCGGGGCGCAGCGCCUCUGCAGGAUCUCCGUCUGGGUCUGGCAGUCCGUCAUCCACCUGCUGCAGAUGGGGCAAGUCUGGAGGUCUGGAAGGUUUUUAUGGGUGGUGAGAUGUUCCAGUGCUUGGAUCAAUGUGUUUCAUUUAAGGUAUAUCCGAACUAUGUACCUGGGGAUCCAGAGCCAGAGGCGGAAGGAACACCAGCGGCGUUUCUACUGGGCUAUGAUGUACGAAUAUGCAGACGUAAAUAUGUUGCGCCUCCUGGAGACUUUCCUCGAGAGCGCCCCUCAACUGGUGCUACAGCUCUGCAUAAUGAUCCAAAAGAACCGUGCAGAAACAUUACCAUGUGUGUCCUCUGUGGCCUCCCUGAUGUCCCUGGCUUGGGUGCUAGCCUCCUAUCACAAGCUUCUUCGGGACUCUAGGGACGACAAGAAGAGUAUGAGCUACAGAGGGGCCCUCAUCCAUGUCUUCUGGCGCCUCUUCACCAUCUCAUCCCGAGUUAUUUCUUUUGCUCUCUUUGCUUCCAUCUUCCAGCUCUACUUUGGGAUCUUUGUAGUGGUCCAUUGGUGUGCCAUGGCUUUCUGGAUCAUCCAUGGUGGGACAGAUUUCUGCAUGUCUAAGUGGGAGGAGAUCCUCUUCAACAUGGUGGUAGGGAUUGUGUACAUUUUCUGCUGGUUUAAUGUCAAGGAAGGGCGGACUCGAUACAGAAUGUUUGCGUAUUACACGGUAGUCCUGACGGAGAACGCUGCCUUGACGCUCCUUUGGUAUUUUUACAGAGAUCCUGACACUACUGACUCAUAUGCCGUGCCAGCACUGUGUUGUGUCUUUCUUAGCUUUGCUGCUGGGAUAGCUUUGAUGCUGUUAUAUUAUGGUGUGCUGCAUCCCAUGGGGCCAAGAGCUAAGAUCUUAGUCAGCUCCUGUUGCGCCGAGCUGCUCUGGGGCAUUCCUCUGCCCCCCGAUGUUGAGCCCAUGGCACCCCAAACCCCUGGGUACCGGGGGGCCCAGGCUACGCCCACCAGAGCGGUCACGGAGCAACAGGAGGAACUCACAGCUGACACUUGCUUGCCCGUUUUCCAGGUGAGAGCAAUGGUACCAUCUACUCCAUCUGGGCGACCCUACCCCCCCGAGGGGCCUCUCAUUAAGAUUGACAUCCCGAGAAAAAGAUACCCUGCAUGGGAUGCUCAUUUUGUAGACAGGAGGUUAAGAAGAACUAUCAACAUCCUCCAGUAUGUCACCCCCACAGCUGUAGGUAUUAGGUAUAGAGAUGGACCUCUCUUAUAUGAGUUGCUACAAUAUGAAUCUUCACUUUAAAAGCUCCUUAAAGCAAAAGUAAAAGAGGGGACCUUAUUUUUGUUUACGGUAAACACAGAUCAUGAAACAAACACAAACCUUCAGAUAAGCUUUCUUUCUGGUUGCUGUAUGUAUAAAAAAAAGAAAAAAAAAAAGAUAUUCUCUAUGUUUUGUAAGUAAAAACAAAAAGAAAAACUUUUCUUUUGUUUUUUACACACAAGAAAGAGUAUUUCAACUUCCACACCUAGGAUUCACAGGUGGAGAAGGAGGCAUCUCCACAUCAGUUUUAUAUCGUACACCAAGUGUAGAAUAUUAUUUAUGGGAUUGGUGCUGACUGAAAAAUAAAAAAAACAAACAAACAAACCUACAACUGCCUUAUGCCCUUAGGUGCUGAGUUUCAUUAAGUACUGUCACCUUUCUCAUGCAAAACUCUUUGAUGAUGAUAUGCCAGGAAAAAGAUAUAACAAAAACAACCAACCGAAAUACAAUCCUUAAUGUUAAAAAAAAAAUAGAAAAAAGAAAAAAAAAAAAAAAAGAAAAAAAUUAACAACAACAACAAAAAAGAGAGAAAUGUAUGAAAUCAAUUUUGUCGCUCGUAUUGGAUUGAGCAGAAAAAAACCCAAAUGUCUAAAGAUACGAAAGCAAAGCCCCAAUGGAGUUUGAUUUUUCCAACAGCUGAAAGACAAAAUCAGGUCUGUAACUCAAUUUGGCAACGCAUUUAUAACACCAGUUGGCCAAGCCUGUGAGCCGAGUCGUGUUGUAAAGGCGAGCCCACCAUGUAACCGUUUUCCUCGUGUAAACCGGCCAAAUCUGGUCGGUUUGCACCAGAUUAAUGUGGUAUUACAGUAUCUGAUCUUGUUUCCGACCAUUGCACACGCUAAAGCGCCACUGACUUCAGUGGAGCAAAUAUUAACCGUCUGAGCCCAGAGUAAGACCUGCCACCUUGAUUUCCAGAAAAUAAGAAACGUUGAAAUUAUAUACCAAAAAUAUUAUACUAAAGUACAUUUAUACAUAUCUAAUAAAUAUUUCAGUAAUAAUAAAACUCAGCAUAGUAGCAAAAAGCAAGUCAAUUUAAAGGCACAAUACUUGAUCAGUGACUGGCAAAAUAAUUUGACCUACUGUAUCAUUUUAAGGCUGUGAAAGGCAUACAUGUAUUAUUUGUAAUCUCGUGUAAGACCUGUCAUGUCUCAUUCAGUGCGAGCCUUAAAGUGAUUGUAAAGCAUCCUUCGUUCCAUUUGGGGGUUUUGGGGUUUUGAUUUAUGGUUUUGUUCUGUUUUGUUUUUAAGGAAAAACAAAACAUGAAAAAGUCGGGAUUUAAAACAAAAAAAAAGAUACAAAACAACAAAAAACAACAAACAACAACAAAACAACCAACAAACUUCUUCAAACGGUAAUAACCUGUAAAAUGACUCACGUCUCAAGAUGAUUUGGUGCUUUGUAUUUUCGUUGAUGUUGUUGUUGUGAUUUAGCUGAGAAUUCUUCAACUCGGUACAUGUGGGGAACUGCUGAUGAAACAAAAAAACCACAAAACUGUCUCGUGUCACCCUCUGCUGUAAGUACAUGGCAAGAAACAACACCAGAGGAAACUCAAGAGCGUAGCGAGAGCAUCGUGGUUUAGCUUAGCCUUCUCACCGCAAGGAGAUGCUGCCACCUCCCAUGAUGGCAAAGCCUAGACGGUCACCUGCCGAAGGUCGCGUGGUUGUCUUGACAUUACCGAAUAACCCGCUCGGUUGUCUGAACAUUCACAUCUCUCGGGUUCUUGUUUCUGUGCUGGAAUCGCUUGUUUCGAGUUCAAUCACAGGUUUGCGUCUCUCCGCGACACCCUUUUCCGUUUCGAGAGUAUUGCUCCUUUAAAGGAAUAUCCCCGUUUCAGGGCAUCUUUUCAAUCCCACCGUCCCUGUGCUUGGGAGGGGGAAAACAACAACAACAAAAUGAGAUAUUUUUAAGUGAAUGCUGUAGUAUUUUCUCUGUGUAAUUGCAAUUUUUUAUUCCAGAAAUACUGUAACUGUCUAGGGUGCAAAACCCCCAUGCUGAUCUAUUCCGAAGAGAAGAUCAGCAUGGGGGAGAUAUUUUUUAAUUAUUAUUAUUAUGAUUUUUUUUAUUUGAUGGAUUUUUUUUAUUAUAGUAUUUAAAGAAACUAGUACCAAUUUUAUAUAACAGUUUAAAGAAGCUGAAUGCUUUCUUCGCCUGAAUAUACCUGAAGAGAACCAUUUUUGUCAAUCAGUGAUCCUUUGCAGUGUUCUGAGAAAACAUUGGGGUUUCUUCUGUUGUUUCGCUUUUGUUUUGUAAAGAAAACUUUCAGCUGGUGUCUGUCCCUUCCAAGGAGGGCAGGACCGAUUCACGCCAAACUAUAGACACACGGCAAAAUUUAUAAGAAGCCAAAUUGUCGCUGGUACUGUAAUUCCCAGUCAAACUCCAUUUCAGGCAAUUGUUUCUGGGCUCUGAUUACAACCAACGUGAGGGUCACAUUUUCAUGCAAAGGGAGGGAUUUUGUCUUGUCAUCUCCUGUCUAAACUCCCAGUCCCUUGUUUACUGUGCACAUAAAUACAUAUAUAUAUAUAUCUAAACACUUAUAUAUAUUUGUGAAAAGCCUUCAUUUCCCUUCUCUACUGUCUGUCCCAUAACCAGUCGUUUCUCAAAUGUCCUACUAACAUUUCACUCUAUUUCUUUCCUAUUCAGUAUGUUGUCUCUGUAAAACGAGGUAAUUUGUGAAGUGAACUUGCUGUCCUCAGCUGUUGAGUCAUAAAAACACAGCAACAGGCAUACCUUUUUCCUCCCAGGACUUUCUUUUGACUUACCUGUACUACUAGUGCAGACUUACUCUGAUCCAGCUCCCUGUGCCUCAUGCCCCAUAUAAAGACCCUCCUUGGUCCUUCUGUGAAGAGCUUUCUUCUACACAUCUGCGUCUCAUUGGCAUAAGCAUGAGAAAGGAAUGGAUGGCAAACAACCCUGCUGUUCCUCGGGGACCUUUCCUCCAGGAGAAUAGCAUCCUUCUUUUUCAAAAACACCAUGAGACGGUCCACUUCCAUGAAGUUGUUGGUCUGUUUUGGAGAUGUGAUGCCACCCCCUGGCUCCACUGAACAGCUGGACCUUGCCGCUUCGUACCAGGACAGUGAAAUGAGUCAACGAGCCGAGGUGGACCCAUCAGGAGUUGAGGAAACCCUUCAUCGUUGCCUCUUAUGAGCAUCUGCGGCCUGCCUUCCCUCAGGAACGGACCCGUGCUCCAGACCACCACACCAACAGCCGUCCUCUCCACCCCGUUAUGGGAGUGGAAGGGCAAAACACUCUAGAAGUGACCUUACCUCUCAAUGCAGUGCUAACUUCUCACAACCAAACCAGCUUGACGAAGGGCUUGACACACUCCUGCUCCAAAGUCCUCCUUCUUCGUGGCUUGUGAUAUGAAUAACCAUGAAGGCAGGGACCUCAACUGAGUGUUAAAACUGUUUCAUUACGCUUAGUUGCAUAAACUUUCUGCCUCCGCUAUGUCUUUUCUUUGAAUGACAUCUACUGGCAUCUUGAUUUAGCAAAAGAUUUCCAGUGAGAGCCUGUGUCAACCCUGAGGAACUAUUUCUUUUCAAAGGACUUCAUUAACAGCCUUAACGUAAAGCAUGUGCUCUACCACCACACCCAACAAGUUCAUGGUGUGGUGGCCAUUUCUUCUUGGGAUUACCUGUGAUCUUGUUGCCAAACAGCGCCUUUUGCCAAGCCAAAAGCUUGGGGAGCCAAAUUACCCCCAGCUCUUUAUUGGUACUAAUCCUGAUGCUGAGUCUAGUCUUCGCCUCCUGGGGUUCUUUGCCCGGGGUCCCUUUGAUUUUUGGUGUGCACUUUGGCAGACGCUCAGUGAUCUGCUUUGGUUUCACUUGAUUUUUAACUCCUUAGCUUCUCCCUGGUAGGUUAGUCAUACCAUGUCCCACCUUCUUACCAGAAGAUACUCCAUGAGGGGUUUUUCACAGUGUCAUGGGGAAGGUUGAGUCCAUAUUUAUUCACAUCACAAGAUCAGCAGGAAACUUCUCUGGCAUGUUUGUGCCGCUGGAUUCAACCUGGGAUCAUCUAAACCAGACAACUACACCAUGCCAGAGCAAAGCCGGGGCACGAGGACUCCACCAUCCCCACUGAUAUAUUGUUCAGACCUUCCAUGUCGUGGUUUUGAUGCACUCUGAUGAGUCCUGUGCUCAGACAUGGCUUGCGCAGGUGUUGACGCUGGCCAGAGACCAUCCCCAGUCAUCAUUUUGGAUGCAGUCACUCUCUAUUGGGGGUGAAAGUGUCUAGUAGCGGCCAGCACUUGUCAGUUGGCUUUGUGGCCAGAAUGGAUCCUGGCAGUGCUUAAUUUACUAAUAAAGAUGUACUUAUAUGCCACAGACCAAGAUUUAGCACUUCAGCUCUGCUCUGGCAUUUUUCUAUUUUCAGCCUGAUUCAAUGGACAAGGUAUUUUUUCAGUUCACUUUGUUCUCUUUUUUUUUUGCUGAGGUUAUUUUGCAAACAGCAUCAUUUUUAUCGUGCUGAUGUCAACCCAUCCGUCCGUCCUUCUACCCAUGUCAGAUGGCUGGGGUGCUUUGAGCGAUACUGUUAUACAUCUGUAGGCUGCUAAUUCGGAGACAGGAAUGAUUCAGACCAGACCAAAUCAUCAAUGGAAAUAGAGGAAUUACAAGGUCCUGCCCAUGCCCUUGUCAUGCUUGGCCACCCACACAAGGCACAUCCAACCUGAACUGCAGAGUGGAGCCAGUGCUGUAUAAUUAGCAGUGGAAAAUGCAAGCAAGCCACCGAUUUCAAGUGUUAAUAUAUAUAUUUUCAGUGUUUCGGAUUGGAGCUAAUUGUCUGCUUCAUUCUGUCCUUCUCCACACCUGCCAAAAGUCAGUAGUCAUUUGCAUGUAUUUUUAUUUAAAGCUGACGAGAUGAAACAGGGCAAAAUUAAUUCCAAGCUUUAGCCAGCGGGCUGCUAAAACCUGGCCGGUGCUGCUCACAAGGGGAGCAUCGCUAUUGACUUUCAGAAAAUAAUCAUCCCGUGGUCAUCCUGUGCUCUCUAAGUGUAUUUUUGUGCACACAAGGUUCACUUCACAACUUAUCCCUCAUCCCUCCACACAAGUGCAUGGCGCACCUUGUCACCCCCAUACCUGCAGCAUGACUAAACCUCCCGAAGAAAAUGUGGUCUGAGAUGUGUCCAGCACGAUUUCGUUGAAGCUCAGAGGUGCUUUGAAAAGGAAAACUUAACUACUGUGCAUUCGCAAAACCUUUUAGUGCCUGUUUUCUGGGCAGCUUGGGCAAGAGACAAUUUGGAAGCUGCCGGGGUCAGCAGAAAAUUGUGGAGACAGGUUUUUCUGUGAUCUUUUUCUUUUCACUGGGUUCGCUUUUCUCUGGAUUCUGUUCAGGUCGAAUGUGGUCAUGCAAAAAUCAGAAUACAAAAACCCAAAUAACCACAAUAAAAUAAGGUCUAUGCCAAUCCCAUUCGAAGCUGAAGUAGUUGAUGUUAGGUGGUAGGGAUGAUGUGAACUCUGUUGUCUACCCUUUGCUCGCUGAAGCUUGCAUGUUGUUAUUUUGGCAGUUGUCUAAAGCCCCGGGGCUUUGGGGAUGGUAGUUUCCCAGGGUUAUGAUUGCUGGUUUUAUUUUUCCUUGGAGCUCAGGUGUAUUCUGGUGCAGAGAAUCUCAGCCUGGUUUGAACGAGAAUAUUUGAGGCUAUCCCAAAUAGACGUGGGCAAACCUUUCACUGUGUGCAGAACGCAUUUCCAGACCUUUGGGUACUGCUAGAGAUUGUUGCAAUCCACUUAUUUCUCCAUGAGCACGUUCGGAAUCGCUUCAUCGUUCUGUUGUGUCUGGACUUGGGAAUAGUGAUGUGGUGGCUUUUUUCUGUUGAGGUGCGAUGUGAAGCAAGGUAGGAGCUUUCCUGCUGUGUUAGAUAUUGCCUGUGUUCAACCCUUAUUCCUUACUUGAAGCUCAGACAGUGGGAUAAUGAGAAAAACGAGAAAAUGAGAUGACAGAUAGCUGCAUAUGUUCCAUUGGCUCUUCGCUGAUAAGGAGGGAGGCAGUUGGUGACAAUUAGAAUAAAUCUGCGUAAACCAUCUGGAUCUUAAUGUGUAUUCAGAUGUACACACAACCCAAUUGGAAAGUGAUCUUGUUGAUAAAAUGAUGUGGACUAUCGUUUCCUGUUGUGUAUUAAAAAUCUAAACACCAAAAAAAACCCAAACCAAACAACAAACCAAACCAGAACAGUAUUUCAAGCAGACAAGAAUUAUUUGAGAGCAUAAACUUCACUUAUCACCCCUCCCUUUGGGACACAUGCAGCAAGGCAACUGUUUGAAAAUCAGGCACUUUGUAAUGCGCGGAGUUAUUGGGAUUUGUGCAACACCGUGUUUGUCAGAUGGUCAUUUACAGCGAGUGUAGAAAGUCACCACAGUCUAAAACUCAUUGCAGAUCUCUGGGUGACAGUACUCCUGGGUUUCGACCCCAGCUCUGCCACGAAGUUGCCGUGUAACCUUGGGCAAGUGAUUUAACCUUUCUGUGCCUACAGUUUACCCAUCUGUACAUGGGUAUAAUAAUAUUUACCUACCUCACAGGGGUGUUGUGAGGCUUAAGUAAAAUGCGUGUGAGAGGUGCUGGAAGUGCGCCGUAAAAAUGACGUUCUUGCUGGGUUCGUGCUGUUAUCGGGAAUGAGCAGUAAAGGGGUUUGUUACAAGGAAAAAACCCACUGGUGCGUUGCGUGUGUUGAGAAAGCAAUCUUAAGUCUUUUCUCUCCCCCAAAAAAGCAAGGGAUGGAGAAAAUUGUCGUGCGCCAACUGAAUAGCCUUGCUUUCCUGGUCAAGUGUAAUAGCACUGUUUGCAAUAUUGUUUUCUUACACAACAGGUGACCUUUCCCUUUUCCUUUCUGUUUCUGGAAACUUGAAACUAGAGAUCACAAAAGUAUUUCUGAACCGAACAGCUUACUGACGAAUACUUGAAUUUCUUUAAAAGUCGCUCUCAUCAGCCACGGUUAAUGUGCACUAAUCUUUCAGUCAUCAGCUUCCAUCUGAAUACAGUGAAAAAUUUGCUCACGCUGUUUUGGAAUAGCCUGGACCUUAUUUGGGAGGCUGGUAUACUAUUUGCUGAGGACUCUUGUAGGCAUGGCAAAACUAGAGUCUCAACUGAUAAGUCUUGUUUUCUUUUUGAUUUUUUUGCCUUUUAAGUUUCUCGACUGCCUAAGACAGCACAAUAAUUGCGGUUCACUUGGUCGUACAGUAGCUUUUCUUUUUGAACUUCUUCCUUACGCGAAGGGUGAUGGUGGGUUGUGAAAGGAUAAACUAGACUCAACGCCGCUCACACGCGACUCUUCUCCAAGUACCCGCUUUCCUGGAGAAGAAUCUGUGCCACAUCCAGAGAGCCUAGACCAGGCCUGCCUUCACCAUCCUCCCACAGGCAGAACCUCCCUUGCCGUCCACGGGAGUUUUGACUGUCGAUGAUAUGUCCAUCGAGGCGGAUUCAUCCCUGGUUUGAACCCCCAGGAUAACUUUUCUUUAGAAGGAGGGAAGGGAUCCAGUUCAUCGCUCCAAAAUUGCCACUGGUCAGAUAAUUCAGAAGGGAGAAAAAACAAGCAUGUGAUAGGAAGUUUAUUUUCUGUUUUUGAGCCAAGUGGUUUUAUUGUCCAAGUGUCCUGACCAUUGUAUUAUGUCACUUCUGGAAACAGAAUGCGAGGCAAGACUCCCCGCUCCCUUUUAGAAAAGCUUUUUGAAGUCUACUCAUGCACUCCUUACUUGGGCAAAACUCCUGGGUUUCGUUGUUGGGUCUUGUUUUCUCUCCUGAGUAAGGACUGUGAAUUCUGGCCUGUUCUGAAUAACCAGCUGGUGUUUCAGGGUGGCCAUUGUCUUCUCGAACCCAAGGCUUGCCUUGCAUGAAGCAAGAACACAGCUAGGAAACCCUCCUCUCCAGCUCCAUCUUGGCCUGCCGCGUACCUUCCCUGUCCCUUUUCUGUGUCCACCAUGGGGAGGUGGUUCAAAUUCUUGUGGCUACGUUGGGCCAGGCUCUUCCACAUGACUAACCAGGCAGCUGCAGAUCUUCUCUCUGAAGGCAGAGCAAAUUCAGAAGCCCUACUCCAGCAGAUGGGCCACUGCUCAUGUGCAUCAGCUUUGGGUCUGCUCCUUCCCUCUUCUUCUCCCCAGCAUUUAUUUGCCCUGUUUUAAGCACUCAGCUUAGUGCUUCUGGGUUCUUUUUAUUGCUUCUGUUCCAAAAAAUUUAAAGCUGGGUAAAAAUAAAACAAAACAAACACAACAGCAAUGUAACUCCUUUGGUGCUAUGCUAACUGCUUUGUUUGACCCAACCGAAUGCUGGCCAACAUACAGAUUUUCCCCUCUUUUUGUCCUAAGAAGCACCACACAUCUGUGUCUUGAACUGGGAUGGACUGAGAGGGAUGAGAGAGGGCAAGUGUGGUUUUGAAAGCAAGUAAAGUCUGAUGUGUACCCAGGAGAUCAAACAACAAGAUGUAAAUGCAGGCUGUUUUCAAAGCUCGUUGUCGCCCACCUCGUGGAAAUAAAUAGGAUAUAGACUAUAAGGUAUUGAGGGCAUUACAUAUAUAUAUAUAUAUAUAUAUUUUUAAAAGGGACAAAAAUGUCACCGUAUCAAUAAAUUGCCCUUUAAUUUUCCUGAAAAUGUGCUGUGCUUGCACCUGGGUGCUGAGCUUUGACCCACUUCAAUGGCAAUUUUAACUGCAAAGGUAAAAAGGCGGGAGGAGAGAGAGAACUCCUCCAACUGCAUAUCAGGUCUGAUGCGAAGUGAGUGGCUGUGAAUUUUCAGGAUUAAAGGGAUUAAUCAACGUGUAUGUCUGUGUCUAUAUACACAAGCCUGUGGAAAUAUAGAAAAGCAUACAUGCGGUGUUACUGCAACAGUAUAAAUGUCUUAAUAUAUAUGAAUAUAUUGUGAAUUCCAAAGGGCUUUUUGAGAUGAGAAAAGUAGUUGCUGGUGCGAGGUGCUAGCGAUUUGGGGUUUGCAAGCAGGGUUAAAAUAAAUAUUCUGUGUCUGUUUAAAGUAAAAACAAGGGCAAAGGGCCAUCAGAAGCUGAAGAUCCUUCUGAGAAAACACUAUAUCACCAGAUCUUCCACUUCUUAAGAAAUGUGGAAGCCAAAAUCAGACCAAAAAUGAGGGCCAAAAGCAGUGUCAACAUAAAUCAGUAAAGCUCCAUUGAUGUCCAGGUGCCUCAUUACACUCCCUAUGCUAAAAAUAGUCAUUUCUGCCAGUGCCAGCGGAGCCCAAACUGGGCGUUAUUGGUUUUUUCCUUCACCUGUGUGAAUAGAUUUCCCAUUUUAGCUUGUAGAUUUUGUCAAGACCCAGGGAAAACAUGGACAAAAUCAGGAGUUUCUUUCCAAGCAGAGCCAUCUGAGAGUGGCAAAGCCCCGACCCACACGGGAGCUUUGUAGCCUCUGGUCUUUCCUGAGAUUUUCCCUUCCACCAGUAUCACCACUGAGAACAGCCCUGUUAAUACAUGCAGCAAACUGGGACCUCAUUUGCAAGGAUUAAACCCUCCCCAAAUCUGAUUUAAAGCCCUUAGAAUUCAAAUGCCAAAUGCCACUCGAAGGGAAUGAUUAUUGUUUUCUCUCCAGAUGUCAUUCCCGUUCAUCAGUCACAAGGACGAGUGGCUCAUAUUUUUGUUUCUAGCUGUAUUUACCAAUAAAACUUGCUGCCAGGCCCAGCUGAACACCACCUCAUCUUCACCCCCACUUUCCUCCACCUUAAAGGCAAACACUGCUCCUUCCUAAGUAGCAAAGAUCCAGGACAAAUGCCAGCUGAUUACACCUGCAAUCUUUUCGCUUCAGGAUUUUAUAUCAGUUUUUGGGGGCAUAAGAGUACAUGCAGGGACACGCACCUGCAGAAAUUUCAGUAGCCUGACGUUGAAACCACUUGAUUUCAAUGGACUUUCUUGGAGCUGACGCUGCUGCAAGAGAAACUCUACACCAAGCGUUCCCCAGGCAACCCACUCAUAUUACUACAGUGUCACACCAUUCCCAUAUAAUCUGCUUUUUUCCACAAUUAUUGGAGGCUGGGUAUCAGUCAACAAAUUUACGAUGGAUAAGUAGUAGAAGUGGACUUGUUCGCGCUUAUCCAUAGACAUCUUAGUACUAGUCAAGCAAUUAAACAAACCUUAAAUUGGGUGCAAUUGUAGCUGUUUGGAGGAGAGCUGUGAUGCAUAUUUUCUUAAAAGGUUUCUAAAUAGGUAUCACAGCCAAAUCUCUUGGUCCCCAUCUUCUCUGUGUAGGGAGAGUGAGAAGGAAGAGAUUUUACACUGAACAUCAAAUUCUGCCCUUAGUUACCAAAUGUGCUCCCUCCCCAAAAUGGAUGUAAAACUUUUUUGGUUGAAAACAUUUUUCUAUGAAGAAAAAAAAAGCAAUGGUUUUGGCUAAUGUUUCCACUCUGCAAACUGUUUUACCAUUGCAGCCUUUUGUUCCAACAAGGAGUGGGAAGUAGUUUGAAAAGUCUUUAAAUUACUCAGGGAAGGACUAUUUCACAUCUCGGCCUGGUGGCUUCCACUCAUGUCACUGGACCAACUUCAGACCAUUCCACUAAAGCCAGUGGUAUAGCAUGUCCCAUCAUGGAACCGUUGCCCUAAAAGCAGGGUUUUCACAGAAAAGCUAUACAUUUUGGAGGAUUUGAAAGACUUUUUGAUUGCAUGGGAAUAUCAUCCCUUUGGUGUGCAUAGUUUUGGAUGCACUGUUAUAUAUGGAAGGUAAAAUUGUGGUGCCUGAAGAUAUACAUUCUCUUUCCAUCUCUGCCAUGGGCUGUUGGUUGGGAAAGCCAAGAGGAUUUUAGGGUUGUCUCUGCUGGUAGAUGUAAUAUGUACCCUGGUGCUCUUGGUGCUCCAGGGCACGCGAUAUGGGAAUGGUUGCUUGGGUUCCAUCACCGAUCCCACCUCCAGCCUUGCUGUACUUGCCCCAGGUGUUGCAAUGUGGGUUGAAGGAUCCUCGUCUACCCUGUGAAGCUGCUGGGACAACAGACUAGUUACGUACUUCUUGCAAAGCUCUUGAGCACCUUCCGAUUGAAAGUUCACAAUGUCUUCUCAAAUCAGCUUUCAUCCUAGGAGUGUUUUUGAUUAGCGAAUUUUGAUGGCACUGGAAAACUGGCACAGCCAUAGAGAAUGCCACAAUUUAAACACUUCGAUUUCAGAAGUGCCACUUUGCCCAUAAACAUUGAAAUUUGACUAAUCGCUGCUGGAACUCAUCGUUAACAUUCAAAACCUGGAAAAUACUUUUGCCUUUGAUUCCUCAGAUAAGCCUUAUUCAAGGAGAACAAAUUCCCAAUCACUACAAAACAGUAAAAAGCAGCUAUUAAAGCAGGACACCUGGGUUUUUCUAAUGUUUUUGAAUGCAAUAAGCUGUAAUCACUGAAUAUAUUCCAUUUGCCAUGCAAAAGGCACACUGGCACUGCAGCCGGGCUUAGGUCCUCCUUGUGCUAAGCACUUUACUGAAACACAGAGAGAUGUGGGUCUGCCCCAAAACAGCCCUCAGUUUCACUGUGGUUGUUUGUGUGACCUUGGGUAAGUCAUGUAACUGUUCUGUGCCUCAGUUUCCCAAUUAUUUAGUAGGUGUUGAUGGAGUACUUCAAGACCUUAAAGCACUUCAGGACAGUUGGGCAGAGCAGGGCAAAGCAAUGCAUCAUGUAGCCUUUCCCAUGUCUCCAUGCAGCCCAGCAGAGACAGACAGACAGGCUGAUCUGAAUUUGAGUUUCUCAAGCAGGACUAGCACAAACCUAUCCAAGACACCACGCUAUAUUUUGGGGGAGUGCUUUUCUCCAUCCCCUGAAAUGCUCCGCUCUCCCGUUAGGAAGCAUUCAGGAAAGUCAACUGGGAAGUCAGGAUUUAGCACAGUCCAGUUGGGUCGUGGAGCUGGAGAAAGCAGAGAUGGAAAGAGCAUGUGGGUCAUCAGGUGCAUUCCCAAGAGCCCAUGCCACAGGCAUUUCUGUGGCUUAUUCUCCCACCCUAAAUCUUGUCUGGCUGGAAAUCUUCCAAAGAAGGGGUUUGCUCACCCCAGACCCUCUCGAUCAGGCACAUGAGACAGAAAUAAUGGUCUAAGCUUUCCUAGUAAGAAGUAUUAUACAUCUUUUGUUCGCUAAGCUUGAAACUCCGUCAUGCCCAUGCCUUGAAUCUUGCCUUAUUAACCAAACUCAGCCCAUUCUAGACCCAGGUCAUUCAUCUGAAGUUAUCCAUCCAGUGCCGUUCUGACCCAGCAUGGCUUGAAGGUGAAGAUACCUGUCCAUCCAAGUUAGGAUCAAGGAUCCAACAGUUAGACUUGGCUCCUUCCUAGGUCACUUCUACACCUGAGCCAUCCUUACUGGGGGGUCUAGAGAGACUGGGAUCCCAAUUAGACCCCCAAAAGGCGGGCUGAAUGAACAAGGAAAACCACUUAAGUCCUACCACACACAACUCCUUUCUCCCCAAGGUGGCAUUUCAGCACCAUUUCUAGCUGCUGCCAGCAAGCCGCACACAUGGUGCUUGUCGGGAGAUAUGAGGAUGGUCAACAACGCCAGCUCUGAGCUGGCCAAGUGAAGUGGCCGAGGGUGGACCUGACCCUUCUCUCACAUCCAGCGAGGACAUUUCUGGGUGGCUUUGCCCUUGUCGCCAUGCGAUGCCACUGAGAGCAGGGGCAGGCGGCUUGUCAGCAGCUGUCUGAAGAGCUCGGGUGCUUUAGAUGGUACGGGCUGACAGGUGUCAACACGAUGCAAAACUGGUGCUAUUAACUUGGCAUAGAGUGCCUGCGAGUCUUUCCUUUUUCUUUUUCGAUCACCAAGCAAUUACCUUACGCAUGGGAAGACCGUUGUUUAGAGACAGUGUCUGUAGCAACUUCUUGUUGCUCUGAGUAUGUGCUCGGUUUUAUUCCCCAAAUCUUCCUCUAUUUCUACGUCUUGGAGGGCAAAGUGCGCACGCGUUCGUGUGUGAAUUUACGAGCAAAAGAAUUAGAGCAAGGGUCUACCCAGAUUGUUUAGUGCAAUAGAGGUUUUGAUGGAAUAAGGAGUGGAUGAGAAACGUGGGCUAAGACCUUAGAAAACCAGGUGUGUAGAUUUUGAUCUCCAUCUCAGUCUGGUGGAACAUCUGUAAAUCCAUCAAGAUCGUGGUCUCUGUCCAGGACAAUUUCUUCUCUGGGCUCCUGCGGCAUGACAGAUUGAGAUAUUCAGGGCAGGGCUCCACAGAGGGAUAAGAUCAGACUCGCUGAGCACCUUCAACUUCUCCUUGUUUAGUGGAAGCUGAAGGCACCCAGCACAUCCCAGGAGGCAAGUCCAUGUCAGGUCAGAUUAUGCUUUCAGCAUUUAAAGUUCAAUUCUGCUUUCCUUUCACUGGCGCAAGCAUGUUGAAAAUGGCAAGACAUUGCCAUUUUAAUUUGCAAAGGCUGUUCAAAAGUGUCCAAAGUGCUAGAUAAGAGCUUGCAAAAUCAACGUGCCCCUUCAAAGACCAAAGUCUGGUCUCGAUUUCACCAAGGCACCGGCCACCCUGCAUGAACCCCACUAUUUUUUCUGGGAAUUCCCCAUUUUUUUCUGCCAUCAGCAAGGCCAUAAUGUGGCCUGGCCCCACCUGCCCUCAUUAACUCCAGAAAGCCCUGUUUGUUUGUUGCCAACGGCAAUGUUGGGGCAGUGACAUCUGAAUUCUCAAAACCUUGUGGUGCCUUUUCUUGUGGUGCUCACCCUUCACAGGACUUCAGUCAAGGCAACCACUUGCAUCGAACAGCAGCGCCAGUGCUUUUCCUCUGUAUGAUGUGCCAGUGCAGUAACAGACUUUAAAGUAUACAUAUAUAAAUAUAGAUAGAUAGUUAUAUUGCUAUAGUUAUAAUUAUAUAUAUAUAAUUGAGGUUCUGAUGCCGCUGUAUGGGGAAUGGACCAUUCCUCUGCAGGAUGAUACGCUGCUUGAGUGAAACCAACAACUCAACGUCCUGUAAAGCAUUCCAACCUUGGCAAGGACCCAUGUUCAUUUUUCAGCUCACUUCUCCUUCCCUGCUCCCAGAAACACACUCCGUGAAAGCUGCUGUUUUGCACCGUAGCAGUUUCUCCAAAUAGCUCUCCCCAUCGCCAGCAUAUGCUGCAAGGGCCACAUCUUCCUCCCGCUGUGGCAUGGGGAGGUCUCCUCUUGCUAUGAAAGGAGGACGGUGGGGUGGUGUCUAGGGGCAGCAACCCAUGACUGCAUCCCUGGGCAGCAUCCCAGAACAGCAUCCCAUGGCUGCAUCCCGGGGUGGCAUCCCAUGGCUGCAUCCUGGGGUGGCAUCCCAUGGCUGCAUCCUGGAGUGGCAUCCCAUAGCUGCAUCCUGGGGUAGCAUCCCAUGGAUGCAUCCCAGGACAGCAUCCCAUGGCUGCAUCCCAGGGUAGCCAUCCCAUGGCUGCACCCCAGGACGGCAUCCCAUGGCUGCAUCCUGGGGUAGCAUCCCAUGGCUGCAUCCCAGGACAGCAUCCCACAGCUGCAUCCCAGGACAGCAUCCCAUGGCUGCAUCCCGGGGUAGCAUCCCCUGGCUGCAUCCCAGGACAACAUCCCAGAACAGCAUCCCAUGGCUGCAUCCCGGGGUAGCAUCCUCUGGCUGCAUCCCAGGACAACAUCCCAGGACAGCAUCCCAUGGCUGCAUCCCGGGGUAGCCAUCCCAUGGCUGCAUCCCAGGACAGCAUCCCAUGGCUGCAUCCUGGGGUAGCAUCCCAUGGCUGCAUCCCAGGGUAGCAUCCCGGGGUAGCAUCCUAUGGCCUCAUCCCAUGGCUGCAUCCCAGGACAGCAUCCCAGGGCAGGAUUCUGGGGCAGCAUCCUUACCUUUUCUUUGCAUCGAGGCGAUGCAACCCACCAAGCCGCAAGCGGUGUUAUUCCCCUCUAGCAAAACCACCCUCCAGCGAGCUUCUCCAUCUCAGCUUCCCCAGCGAGACAGCAACUUGGUGUUAUUUUUGUUCUUCUCUUCGGAUGCUCGGUUUCCCGUGCCACUCCGUGUGAGAUGAGGCUGCAGCCCUCGCUCCAGGAGGAGGGAAGCUGGUGAACGUGGUUUGCUUUGCUCAUGCGAGUAGUUCUGCCUGACUUCAGGGGAGAGACUUGUUUUUGUCAAGGGACUGCUGGGUUGGGUCAAUUGUCACCUUGUCGUUACCCAUGAAGUAUUGCUGAAACUAUAGAUAGAUGAUAGAGCAGAUGUGGAGGGAAGGUAUUUUCUACUAAAGGGAGCAACACCAAUAAUACUGUAAAAGGUGCUAGAAUCAAAACCUCAUUUUAUAUACUUUGGUUCUUAGAGAAAAUAAAAUAAAAGAAAAUACACAGAAUUCUUCCUGUGCAGCCUUACUGUAGAUUGUUAUAACCAACUCUUUAUCCAAAAAAAAAAAAAAAACAACAAUGAAAAAGUGAAAAGGUUAAAAGAGGACAAAAAUGAAGUGAUCCUGUAUAAAGUGUAACAGAUAUGACUUUCCUAUAUAAAUGUAAAUGAUCAGACAUAUAUUAAAAUGCACUUGAGGCAGGCAGCAAGCAUGAAAAGCUUUUGAAGCAUCAGUUUUAAUGCACAACACCUGUCCUUUUUCGUUCGGCUGGUGCAAGAGGGAAUGUGCCAAGUUGUUUCGAUUUCCUUUUAAUUCUCUCUGUGAUUUUUGGGAAAAGGAAAGAGGGGUGGAAAGAGGGUGGGAGGUUUAGCAAGCACGGAAACCUGGAAUAUGCAUCCCAAUUGUUUUGUUUGGUUUGUUGUUUAUGACAUUUGUGGCGGUGUUUGGACACACGCUUUGUUUCUCAAAUGCUUUUGGAAGCUUUGUUGCCUGCCCCAGGUGCUGAUCAUAACUCUUACCUCAAGAAUGCUUACAAAAGUCAAUUGUGUUUUUCCCAUCUCUGAAAAAUUAAAGCAAACAAAUGAUAACAAGGAAAUAAAAGAAAAGAAAAAGAAAGAAAAUCAAAAGCAAAUAACCAGCAGUGAAUGAAGGAACGAAAAACAAACAAGAAAGAAGUCAAAGCAGAGGUUUGGUGAUCAAACCGAGCCAUUCUGGUGCUUUUCCCUUUUUUGCGUUGCUAACGAUCAAAAUUACAUGAGAUGGGCUUAGACAAGUUUGUGGUCUUAGGAUGUAGCAAAAAAUGUAUUUAAAAAGAAUACAAAUUUGCAUGGAAAAAAAAAAACAAACCUGAUGGAACAUUUAAAGAAUGGCUGUUUCAAUGUCAGACGUUUAAUGUUCGCAUGUGUGUGUGCUGUAUAUACCUUUUCAUGUGUGACAUGUACAGUUGACUGAGGAAAAACAAACAUAUGGAACCGAACAAAAACUAAUAAUCAAAUGCUAUUUUAUCAGAUGAUGCACUUUUUCACCUUGAUGAGAAGCCACUGUUCACAACUAUGCAAUCUUCCAGUUUCUCUCUCUAUCUCCUCUCUCCAACCUCAAAUUUCCCAACUAUUUUCCAUAACCUAAACCGCUUUUCCUUUUGUACAAAGAAACACAAUAAGUUCCAAACUCUGGUUCAAGGUGAGAGUGCUACUGUGACUUUUCUCAAACUAUAGGAGCUAACAAACAGACAAACAAAAGGGGUUUGCUUUGCUUUUGUUUUUAAGAAAAAGGAGGUUCAGACGUGACCCUCUUUAUGUUCUCUAACUGAAUCGAUGUUUUCUACAUGUGCCAGGCUUCUGUUGACUGUUUGUUGAGUUUGGUUUUGUUUCUUGGUUCGUUUUUCUCUCUCCUGGGUUUUAGGAUUUAUUUCUUUUCAAAUUUGUUUCCUUAUGUACUUCUUUUCUUUUUUAAUUCUGGUUUUGUAUCGUAGGUAUUGGGGAUGUGAAGAUGAAGGUGAAAUUUGGCUUAACUUCAAGUGUUUUAGUACAUGUGUGUGCUAUAUGUAUAUAGUUUUCUACAUAGAAAAUUUUACGCGCUUUUUAACGCACUUUACGACUUGUAUGUACAAAGUUGUCUAUAUAGAAAAUGUAGUGAGUGUUACCUGACCUUCAAAGAAGAGAGUUUUGAUUAAGGGGAGUUCAGAUGUUCGAGUAUCUAACACGCGUGCACGCGUGUGUGUGUAUUAUAUCCUAUAUUAUAUAUUAUAGAAAUACGUAAUAGCAUAUGCCCAUGUUGGGGUGUGUAUAAUAUACACACACAUCCAAACACAUGAUCACGCCCAUCUAGACCAUAAAAGUAGAGGUUUAUGUAUUUCUUUAAGGUUUUCAAGUGAUAAUGAAUAGCCUGGCUCUACUGGGUUAACUUCUUGCCUUUCCUUAGAGGAAAGGUAGAGAAUCAUCCUCCCCUGUUAUUCACAGUGGGUAUUCCUGUGGGAAUUUAGCCUUUACAGCCUUUCUUUCCCAACUCCAGAUUACCAGUGGGUGCCAAGGAGAGAGUGUUGGUGAGGAAACAGGGUCAUCCAGUGAUGAGCUCAGGAAACCACGGGACCACAAGCUGUGGCUGCCAUGUCCCAUGCCCACCACCAACUCACCAUGCAACGUAGAGCGUGUCACUCCCCCUUCUCUGUGCCUGUCCAGCUGGGGUUGCUGAUGCUUAUCAAACCUUGAAGCACUUUGCACUCAUGGUCCCUCUCUGCAAAUUCCACAGGGUCCCCCUCAAUACCAGUGGGAGGCGAUUCGGGCCAGUUUACAGUGAAAUCUUCACCGACUUACCCCUUGUCCUCCAUCUCUCUUCCGUUCAGCAAAGUCCACUGCUGCCUCAUUUGGCCAUGCUUUGACCUGCGUCUCCUCAUCGUUAUGUUUCAAAUGAGCACUGUUGUGCUUCUCCUCCCUUCCACUCAAGGCUUCCCCAUCCUUGAGAGCCAUAGAAUCAUAGAACAAUUUGGGUUGGAAGAGACCUUCAAAGGUCAUCCAGUCCAACCCCCUGCCAUGAGCAGGGACAUCUUCACCAGCUCAGGUUGCUCAGAGCCCCGUCCAGCCUGGCCUGGGAUGUCUCCAGGGAUGGGGCAUUCACCACCUCUCUGGCCAACCUGGGACAGUGUCUCUCCAUGCUCAUUGUAAAAAAUUUCUUCCUUAUGUCAUGGGCCACCACACUAACACUCUUCAAAUCCCUAUAUCUGGACCUUCCUCAGCCACGGUACCUCUAAAAUAACUGGGCAAAGGGCAAAACCCCAGGUUGCUGCUGUUAGCCCACCCUUGCCUUACAUACUAUAUGCAGACCUGAUGAUCUUGCUUCUUAGGGAUCCCUUCUAACUCAAGAUAUUCUAUGAUCCUAUGACCUUGAGUUCUUUAGAUGAAACCCCACUUCUGACUCAUUGGACACCGGAUUUAGUGAAGUUCUUCCAAACGAACAGCUGGGCUGUUUAUCAUACAGAGCUGUAGAUGCAAAAAUGGCCAGUGAAAGAGAGAAGGCACCUCUUCCAUGUGUCAACGGGAACACAAGUGUCCACAUCAGUCUAUGGCAGCAUGGGUGCUUCUUUCAGCCAGUCUUUUGGGCUUGAACCCUUAACAAGAACUUCAUGUCAGCCUUCCUACUGAAGUUAAAGCCACAUUUAUUUGAAAACAACUGUAGUGGAAAAGCUGGGGGCAGUCUUGCCAUCUUGCACAACCUCAUGGCUACAGCUGUUGGCAGUCGGUUGGUCAAUCUAUAAAUCCAUGUGGCCUCAGAAACCUCCUGUGAGCGCUUCAUGUAACUCAGCUCUCUAGAAAGUAGCAUUCGCACCUAAAUCACUUAUUGCAGGACAUCUCACCCAGCCAUACACAUUACAAUCUAUUUGAUGGCAUAAGAUGCAUUGCCUCAAGUGUCUACUUACCUGCUCUUCCUACACAAAUGUCGGUUCUUCCAUCUACCUGUGCUGACAGGUUGUGGCUGGUGUUUGCCAGGAGCUAUAGCUGCCCCUUGGACUUGCUGUUAAGAUGCCAGCAUCUCUGGGCUGUUUUAAUGGUUAAUCCCACACACAAAUAAGACAAUAUUUCCCUAACCUGGCUCGCUUUAAGGCAGAACACCUAAUUUCCUUCCCUGAAAACAUAGUGUUGGGAGACACCCACCUAAGGAGCCCAAGUGGAGUCACCCUAUGUCCCAGUUAGCAGUUUGUACUAAAUCCUUGAGAUAAAAAAACCCAAAAGAUACUUUUCUAAUUGGUAGAUUCAGUGACUGGAGGAACCCAGAGGGCAAGUUUGACUCAAUGUAUAAUCUUGCUGCUAAAAUCUUUUAAGUUCAUACACUCCAGUUUCUUAAAGGGAGGAAAUGGCAAAGGUUUCCUUCCAGGACUCACCAGGAAAAUCUGUGUAAGGGAAAGAAAUACGUGGAGGAUUCUUGGCACUUUAUUCUUCCUUUUCAGGUUACCCAGCCCCUUCAAAGCAAACAAAUGCACCCAUUAGGGUUAAAAUAAAAGCAGAUCUGUGUUUCUAUUCAAUGCCUUUUUCUGACAUAAAAAAAAAACCCAAAUCUUUGGGAGUGUGUUUGGCAAACAGCAGGAGACAUUCACUUUGUGGGCAAUUAUAAGCCACUUGCAGCUUUCAGACCCUAAGAGAGCAUAUUUCUUGACACACACAUCCCCUGGUUGGAGUUGUUUGUCCAAAGCACUUUGCCUGCUGGCUGUAUGAGCAUGAGAUCUAAUUUAGCUAGAAAAGCUGGGUACCCAGUGAGUUGUCAAGGACCCUUCCAUACUCAAGAGACACAACAAGAUACCUCCAGGUAGGGAUUCAUCCCAACUGGUAUCCAGUUUAGAUCGGCUGUGUGCCCUUUAGCUGGUUACAUUUUGAUGAGUUGAAUCCCACUAGAAGUGGACAGGAUUUACCACACUUCCGAACUAUUUCCCACCGUGGCUUAUCAUAAGACUUGUCCUCUUUCAGCUCUAACAACAAACAUUCACAGUUAUCUCCGUCAGCAUAGCUCCAUGCUUGCUGACACAUUGACAUCAGGCAUUCCCCUCCUAGAACUGAGGGUCUCAGGCUGCAAUUCGGAGUGCGACCUGCUCAAGAGAGGGGGACAUUUGAUUUUCUGAAGGGAUACAAACUUUCAGUGAUGGUCUUCUGGUCAUUUUAGGGUUUCACAAAAAUUAUCAAGCAAACUUAAAAAUGAAUGCACAAGCAAUAACCUUCUGGGUGUUUUCUUGAAGGAUGAGGUCAUUCUUUGGCUAGGCGAAAAAGCAAAAGGAAUAAUCUGAGCUAUAACAGUGACUUGUUUAGUAGAUUCACAUGGUGAGCUGGUAACUCUGGCUUCUUCUCCUGCUUAUUAGCAAUCUGCUCUGGUCAGUUCUUCUUGUUUUCUUUAAUUCAGCCGUGGCAUUGUAAAUGACAUGAGAAUAACGCUCGGAUUGCCACAGUUUGCAGAACAGCUGGGAAUUAUUCACCUUUCAGGGCAUCACUUCCUACUUUUGCAAGAAGAUUAGGAGAUGUUUGAGCAGCAGCAAAGGGGCUGCCUCAUUCAGAGCUUCAAACUUAUCUUUGUGUUUCAUGUCAAGCACCUGAGAGCUUCUCGCAUCCCUGAUAAUAUGUGGCUCCUGCAUCCUGGGAUAUGAGGCUGUCAUGCCCUUCCAUUGCUGCACAUGCCAUCUCAUAGAAGAGGAUGGUCCGAUGUCCCAAAGAAGAGCUUUUCCCAACCAUUCUUACACUCAACAUCACUGGAAAGGUUUUUCUGUAUCCAACCUGGUUCCCCCUUACUAUAGUUAAACUUGCUGCUUCUCAUCUUCAUGUCUUUUCUCCUCUGGAAGCACCAGGUACACAUUGUCCUGAAUUAAUAGACUAGAUUUAAAAGCCAGGAAGCCCAAGGCUAUUCCAAAUUCCUCCCAAGAUAUUGUGAUGAGAAUUAACUGAAGAGCCCCAGUCAACCAGGUGCCUUAACAAGUCUCCUUGUGGAAGUGUGGACCAAGCAGCCAGAUCUCACCAGAUCCCAACACCGGUCACACCAAUGCCCGGUCACUCCACUGGUACCACCUUUCUUGCCACGUAUCUGCUGUUGCCUGAAAAGAGCAACAGAAUCCAUCGAGGGGCUGCCCUUCUACUGAAGCCUUGUUUCAUUGGCCAUCGUCAACAAGUCCAAGCCAAUAUCCAUAAGCAUACACUGGUGAAUGUAGCCUUGAGCAUUCCCAGAGUGUGCUGCUUCCCUUUGGCCAUCAAAAAGGCAGGGAAAAUGGUUUAUCUUUCUUUUGCUUAUCAACCCCAGUAGAUUCCCUUGCUGUAGAGUCCUCCCUCUUUGUCUACCCUCAUGCACUACCAGCACCCCUAGACCACAGGCCGUUUCUCAGAGCUGUUUUAUCAACACUAAAAGUCAUGAAAAAUCAAUGGAAAAUUUUCCCUUGGGGAUGACUACUUCAUAGAAAACACUUCUGGUUUACUUCCACCCCCUUUUUCUCCCCCUUUCCAAAUGGCAUUAUUUCUAAAUGGGCUCUAAUAUCAAUAUCAAUGUUAGUAGGAUUCAUUGAUUAAGCUGUGAAUCAAAGCUCACUGCUGUGUUGGAUAUACAUAUGUUAAUGACAGUUGCGUUAAGCCAAAUUUAGCAGCUGGAUUCUUCAACAUCCCUUUGUUUUGUAUCUACCUCACUAUGAUUUCUUUGAUUUCUUGUGAUUUAGUGUUGUAUACAAUGUCAGAGGUGAUAUGUAGAUAAAAAUAUAUAUAUAUAUACAAAUAUAUAUUUUUUGCUUUGCAAUAAAGCUCAAAGCUAUAACACAAAUAUUCAUAAAAUGUCAUAAUCUUCAUUAUAAUGUUCCCUUCUUAGUUGUAAAAUCCUGUCUGGAUCCUAUUUUCCUGUACACUAGAAUCAAUAUUGUAUUCAUGAGUGAAUGGUUAUUAUUUCUGUUACUUUUCCAAUUAAGUGUUAUUUUUGAGAUGUGAGAUAGACACCAGAAUUGUCAAACAUGAAUUGGUUUACCUUUUUUCAUCCCAAAUACAGCCUGUUUGUAACUGGAAUCAAACAGCAAAAUUGAAAGAAAGUGAUUUGCAGUCCUGAUCUUUCAAUUUUAGUUUGUCUGGUCUUAACAUUGAAUUUGGCAGGAGGCAGAGAAGGGGCAAAAAAAGAGGGGCUGUUAGAACUGAUGAAGGAAGAAUAUGUUCAUCUGUUUCCAUUUGGGUCAAGAGGGGAUUCAUUCUCUGAAAUAACUGAGCAUGAGGACCACACUCAUCUAAAAUUAACUCCCACCGUUGAAAAGUUGUGUGUGUGAUGGCAUUCGUUGACCCAGCAUCACUAAUCUUGGUCCUUUCUAUUGAAUGGAGAGACAAAAACUUCCCUAGGACAAUUCAACGCAUGUUAAAACACUUAGAUAAGACAUGUGGGAUGCAUCUCCCUCAGGAUAGCUGUGUCUCCCCAUCUCUCUGGAUACAGCUGAGAAGAUGAGCUCACAUUAGGUAGUUCAUGGUCUAAAACCAAGCUCAAGGAUUCCCAUUGCCAGUGCACAAAUAUCAUCCUGGUGAGUGAAAACUGUCUCAGUUUUUGGUCAUGGGCAUUAUUCUGAACCACAUGAUACUUUGUGCUCUGUCAAUGGAAGGGAUGAGGAAGAUGGGAGGUCCUGGUACAAUGAGCAGGACUUUACCUCCUUCUCCUAUGCUUGUGUCCUUGGACCCAGUGAUGAGCCAGCAAUACUGUGGUGACCAACAUCUGACACAAAAUGCUGGCUGAGUCCUACAGCGUGGACAGGGGUGUCAGGGAGGACUGUUGAGGUGGACGGGACCUCUAAUCUGUUUAUUCCCAAUAAAGCCUUUCCAAGAGCAUCACAGCUUGAUCCUGAUGCCAGAAAUGUGAGGGGACAAAGCCCACAUUGUCCCAGUGCAAUCCUUCCUCAACCCUCAUGCUGCUCACAACACCUGGAAUUAGGAAAAUAAAAUAAUAGGCAUUGAGACUCUUUGCUUGAUUAGAAAAUAUUUCCAUGGAUUUCACACACUGACUUUACUGGGAGCAAAAUGAGGGGAAUCCUCUCCAUUUCCUUUUCACCGGACUAUGGGGAAAGUAAUAUUUCCCCCCACUGCUUUGUCAAAGCAAUUAAAAACUUAGUGACCAGAAAGAAUUAGACACAAAUGGAGUAUGAUGUAUAUUUUGUAAGUGAGAAGGAAAAAUAAUACUGAACUCAAAUCCAGCUAUUCCAUCGGGAAAAAAAAAUGCAGGAAAUUAAACCCAAAUAUGAAUAAAUCUCAGUGGAGAAAAUGCUAUUGGGUUUCACCUAAAGCACAAGACAGGACUGCAAAACACAUACUUAGAGUUGGUUUCACAAGGCCCCUUUUGCGUAGUCGUCGCUCUAAAAUUGGCACAAGUGUUCAGUACAAACAGCAUUUUCUUUUCCUCAUUCUGAUCUGGUGUCUGUACAAAUCUGGCUUGGCUUUUGGUUUGUUUUUAUGAUUUUUGUUGCCUGUUCCCAGCUAUUUCUAUUUUUAUGGUGUAGUAUUUUGUCUAUAUGGAAUGAAAUACAGAUGUGUUCAUGAGAUUGUAUAGCAGAUGAAAUUGCAGGUUGGAGUAGAUUUAAAAAAAAAAAAGAAGAAAAUCUAACUAUGAGAAAAAUAUCUAUAUGAAACGUAUGCUUCCAAAGCGUGUGUUUGAAUUGGAGCAUUUUGUCAUUCUACUGAGCUUUUUGAAAGGUUUAUUUUGAAAUAAUGAGACUUCACGAAGUUUGGGGGUUUUGAGACACCCAAAAAGCACGAUUAUUGUUAAACGGUUACAAUUUUCUUGAGGUUCCAUUAUGUUAUUUCAUUCUUUGCCUGUCUGAACAUUAUAAUCCCAAAAUUUUGACAUGAAAUAUAUAUAAUCCUUGAUAUCAGCUCAUUAAUCAUCUUACAUUAGGCAAAAGGGAGAGAUGCAGCUGUUUAAUUUCUGCUCAGAAAUCAUGCAGGAUUCCUGGCCUUAUUUGUUCUUUAUUUGCUUAUAAGAUAGGGUUGAAUUUUGCACUUAGUAGUUAUUCUCUUUGUGACCUACUGUAAAGUCAAGAAGAUCUCCUUUUAACUGAGCCACAAAGAGUCUUUUCAGUACAUGGCAGAGACGGCUUGUUUUUUAUCACAUCUGCAGUGAAAUGUGGUUUGUGAAGGACUAGGUUGUGCAAAUCGUUCGUGGAUCUGAGCUGGUCACGCUGAUCAAUGUUAACGAGGGGCCAGGUUUAUCCUUGUUGCGAAUGUCUGAAGUAGCGUUAACGGUGUCCUGAGGUGUUUGGAGGGGUGGCGAGUCGUUUGAUGAAAUGGAAAAGUCUUAAGCAUUUAUUUUUCUUCAUCUCUUUGUCUGAAAGGAGCCCAGAUUUUCUUCCCUUACUCUCACAAGUAUUUCCACUGAUGCUAGCGGGAUGCCUUUGGGUUUGGUCACAGAGCAUUUUCUUGUCACAUCUUCUUGUCGCUUUGCUACUGUGGUCAUAUCGUGACUGUUUGUUAAUGCUGACUUUGAGGUUGUAUGUCCUGCUGUAGCAUCAGCUCUGAUUUACUGAGUAGCUCUGUGUGUCUUUUCCAUCAUGCGCAAUACCUCUGUGGAGGAAAGAGUGGUUCUUCUAGCUUUGUGCUCACUGCUGUGCUAUCUGCACUGUUCAUUUAUAUAAAGGUCCCAUUUAUUUUGGCAGCUGUAUCAUGAGCAAAAUUUCCUUCUUACUCUGUAAAUGUGGGAGACCUUUACCAGCUUCAGUAGAGCUGACCCAACAUUUAUCCUGGCAUGGAGUAGCAGCAGGCAUUGGUGAGAAGGUUGUGCUAUUUGAGCAGGAGUUGCCUCUCUGUUGGCUGUUGCAUGACGGAUGGAUUAUAACAAGUGGAUAUAAUAGCAUUGGGGAUGUCUUCUGCUGUUUUACUUACUAAAGAGAAGAUUUGCAUAAAGGGUUGAGCAGGUUCUGGCAAUGGAGCCUUUACAGAUUUGAUUUGCGUCAGGGGUCUCCUGAGAUCCUUUAGAGAGCGGAGUAUUGGCAGAGGCUUUCACUUGUGGGACUCUGUUUUUUCUCUAGGUUAUCUCCUGAGGUUUGGAGGCACAGAGCCCCACACAGAGUCAGAGUUGGAUCACUCACAGCUCAGGUCAAGUCAAGAUGGUUGGCACCAGGUGAGGGAGAUGUCCAUGCUGUUAAGCAGCAGACUUGUGUCCAAGGUAUGAAGGUGAAAAGAUGGUUUGAGGGCUUCUGGGUACCUUAAUGGCUAUAUGGUUGGGCAUCAGGACAUAUGACCAGGUUCAUACACUGAAGCGGAGACCAGUGCACCAUUAGAAGAUCCUGCAAAAGAGACCAGAACUUAAAAUAUAUAGAAAAAAGUGCUACAAUUUUAGCCCAUUGAAAUCCUUCUCUGAAAUACAGACUCACUUAGCAAAGGUGGCUAAGGACAUAAUGUCCGAGGUGGCAUCUGUGAAACUUUAUUUGUUAUGGCCAUUACACUGUCAGGAAAACAAGGUUGUUCAAAUAAGCAAUGGAUCAUCUUAAACCUGAAGAGAACUAGCCUGGAAUUACCAAAGCGGUCAUGCCAUCCAAUUCACAGUCCUGCUUGACCACAACCUUGACUAGAUAUACAAAGAGGAGGUGUAAGGCUGGUAGAUGCUGAAAGGAUAAUCCUCCCCCUACUCAGUAGGCCUGUCCCAACUCUGGGCCUAGCCUGAGUCUCAAAACAUGCACCUUGAAUUACUUUUCUGAGGCGACAAUGGCAAUAGGUACGAGGGCACUCAUCUUCUUGGUGCCAGUCCAUCUUUAGAUCAUUAGCUCAACACCAAUGACAUCACUUGGCAGUGAAUUUCUUAGAGAUCUGCCUGGGCACCAGACGAGCAUCAUACUGCCCAGCCAAUUUCUGUCUUCUUGAUGAACAACCAAACUACUUUGCUGGUGGACUUGCUCAGGGUCUCACCUCAUCAUCUGGCAGACCCUUUAUGUACCAUUGAGAUGCAGAGCGAGGGGCUGAGUAACAUUUAGAUGUGCUCUGAAGAUAUCUAGACUUGAUAAGAGCCACAGAUUAUUAACCCAUUCCUGCUGGGUUCCUUGUCCACGUCUACACUAAUAAAUUAAACAGUGGAGGACAUGGGUACAGGCACUGGCACUAAGUUGUCAAUAUUGUUCAGUAUUAAGCGAGGUCCUUGGCGCAGUUUUGGCUGGGUCCAGCUGGCAUUAACCCAAAUAAUCCCUUAUUUGAGGAUUUAGCUGGGGGUCUGGAGACAACAGGCACUUUGGAUGUGAGCACCCUGUCUUGGACGCUAAGGGACAGUGUCAGAGGGAGAAAGAAUUGACCCUGGCAGUGUUUUGUUUAUUAUAGUCGACACAAACUUAAUUAGCCAGCUGCUAAUUAAAUGGCAUGACAAGCUGUGGUGUGAUAGGCAAGAGGAGGUACUUUAAAUAUUAGACUAGACCUGCAACCAAGAACCCUGCUUAAUAAGAGAGACAAGGUUUGAGGGAGAGAGAAUAUCUUUUACUAGAAAUAUAUAUUUUAUUAUUAAAAUACUCCCCUUUUAAACCGUGCUUCUUGUAUUACCUUAGACAACACCAGCUGCCAAACAUGAGUAGGAAGGGUUUAGAAGUGUUUCACAAUGGAUUUUUUCUCUUCGUUGUCACUCACAUUAACAGACUCGUGUGGCCCUUUUCAUCCUUCUGGCCUGCACCCCGUUCUUAGUUCUUAUCUUAGUUCUUAUCCCUGUUACAUACCAAAGAAAGAGACUUCAGCUUUGCAAGGUGCCAAAGGUUUCUUAUUAAGUCCAAAAAUACCAUCCCUGCUUUCCAUGGGAGCUGAAGGGGAUCAGUGUGUUCCAGGAAGAGCCCAGAAAUCUUUUGCUCCAUGUCUUCUCUUUGUUAUGCUGCCAACGGAGCCUCAAGGAGAGCAUAUGGCCUUGUUACACUGACUUAAAUAAAUAAAGACUUCACAGUGCUGCAUGAGUUUUAAUGGUGUAAAAUACACCAUGUUUAUGUCCAUUUCCCUCUGACAAGCAAGAUAUUUCUGCAGAAUUCAGCAGCUUCAGAGCAGGCUGCGCUUUCCUGCAAUAAUUCCUUAUAUUUGAGGCUAGGGGAAUGAUCACUUCCGCUGGUCCUAGACUGAUUUAAAAUGUAAUUCUUUGCCUUCUUCCUGAAAUACUUCUUCAGCUCUGAUGCUUACUAGGAACUCGGCCUUGUGCUUUCUCAAAACUCAUAGCCAAGAGCACUGGAAGAAUUUGCAUCAACCAAGCCCUGAGUAGAUAUUUGGUAUGGCAAUUUAAGAUUGGGUUAAGAGUUCAUAGAUCUGGUAAAGAGAUGGCUGCACAACUCUCUGGAUUUCUUGUAUUUUCUCGCUCCAUCAGGGCCUGUAUUCAGUGCAUCAGAUGCUUCUGCAUUAUUACUUUUUUCUAUAAAUAUGACACUUUUUUAUUGGAGAAAACAACUGCAUUUGCCCCUCCUUACAUCAUGGCACAAGCAACCUCGAUCCAUAUCAGCCAAAUAUAGGUAAUUCAAACAGCAGAGCUCACCUAGAACACUUGACAGAGCGGUACAGCUCCUUUCUCCGGAAAAGAAGUGCCUGGUUUACACAGAGAAAAAAGACAGCUGAAGUGAAUCUGGUGUUAAAAAUUAUACCAAUAUGCAUCAUUUUUUAAAAUGGAGAAUUUCAAGCCAAUGCAAGAAAGAGAGGUCGGUAUCAGUGAGGAAUACAGAUGAAUAUUGAUAACAUCAGUGUGGUUAUCUCUGCAUGGCUGAUGUAUAACAUCGUUACUCUGACACAACCAUUUCAGUCACGACUUUCCCUACAUUGAACUGUUUGACUGAAAUUGCCAAUGGAGAUGUUCCUUGGAGCCCAGUGUUGCUUCAGCCUUUCUGAUGGGAUAGUGGGACAUAGGACAAAAACUUUUAGCUCUGCUGUUCCAUCCAUUAGCACCACCAUUUCCAGCCUACUUGCUUUGAGAUACAUUUGAUUCCUUUCCAAAUAUGUACCAUGUAAUUGAAGAAACUAUUCUCUGCUCGCUUUUCAUUUGAUCUAAUCUCAAAAACUGUUUAAGCAGUCAUCGAAGUCUAAUUAUUUUCCUGUCCCAUUGCUACAUUUGCAGUUUAUUUAGCUACUUGAGGAGCUCCAGGAGAAAAUAUGUCCUUCAAACUUGCAAGCUUUUAGCAGCCAGAUGUUCUUCCCUUAGUUGUGUCCAGGCUGUGCUCUCAUGGUAGGAUCUUAGGUUAGUUGUUUUGUAGGCACUAUGAGAAUAUGCUGUCAUUUAAGUUCUUUGAAAUAUUGUCUUGGCAGCCAUAAUAUAAGCACAUGGCUUAUUGUUUAAUGUAAGCACAUAAUUUAGCACAUGGCUUAUUUACUGUUCUUUAGUAAGGUAUCUAUCAUCUCCAUCACCAUGACAAUUAGUCACUCCUCCUUACUGUACAUGGACACAUGUGAGACAAGAUGCUGGUACUCGGUCGUUCUCCCAGGGCAAUUUUACUUCUUCCUCUUGAUCUUUCAGAAGAACUGAAAAGGUCUCCCAUAGAGCUCCAGUAGGAAUCUCUGAAGUUUUAAGAUAUUGAGUGAGGAUCUCUUCCAUAUCAGUGAUUCCUGGUCCUUGAGCUUUCUGCUUGCUUCAUAACAUCCUGGCUGCCGUGGGAGGCAAAAAGAUGCAAAAACGAAUAACUUUGCAACAUAAGGUGAGAUUCAUCUCACCUGACGUUAGACAUCUAUAGUGUGGGUGCCCCACAUGAGUAGAUUAUUGAAUGGAGGCCACUUCUACAGGCUUUAGAAAGGAAUAUGCGCUUUCUGGGAUGCAAUUCCUGUCAUCGUAAAGCAGCUGCCUGCACUUUGUCAGAUGAAUCAUAUCCUAGAAAUGUCUGUGUCUGUCUCGACGUUACAAGAAGUCCAAGAUACUAACUUGAAUACAAGCAUCAAUGUCUGCUCACAUAAUCAGUCUCUCAGCAUCUCAAGACCAAAGUCAAUUUUUAAAAUGUAAUUUGCAGACUGCUUACCUGUCAAGGCGAUCUUCUGUUUUUUACACUCUUUAUGGGUGUGGAAGGAAAAGAAUGUCCGUGUUCAAAUUAUGAGUCGAUGACAUUACAAUUUCUAUUUCAGCACAUUUCAAUGGAACCUUAAUGGCCAAUUUACACCUUGUUUGCAUAGCAGCACUUUCAAACAAUCUGGAUUUUUUCUUCUUCCCCAAUUCAGGGUUUCAGUAGGGAAGUGCCAUCUGCUGAAGCUCUAGAAUAACUUUCAGUCUUGGUCUUUUAUUCAGACUUGAUCAUAGUCAAUUUUGCUUAGCUUGUGAAUUCAGGUAAGCCUGUAGCAAAGGUAGCACAGCCUUAAAUAACUAAAAUCAGUUUGCCCAGCCCCUCCAAAGUGGUACUGAAAUGUCCUUCAGCACCUCUUCCGGAUUUUUGCUGCAACAUAUAAAAACAAUUCAAAGCCUAGAACUGCAAUGUCUGUUACCUUGUACUUUGAGAGGAAAUAUUUUAGUGUACCCAUUUCUCUUGCAUAAAACGGAUAUCAUUUGUUCUCAUCCUCCAAAGAGAUUUUAGUAGACUAAUUUCAAGGAUCCAGUGCUGAGACAUCCCCCGUUUCCACAAAACACAGAUCUUGUGGGUUGCUUUGCGAACAUCUUGCUGGAAUCUGGAAGCUGCAAGCUGCUUCAGCAAUCAGCGUCCUUGCAUGACCCAAUGAACAAGAUGCAUUCAGUUCCCAAAGCCACUGUCAAAGUCUUUAUGUAGGUGACCCAACUGGGAAAACAAACUACAGGUGCAUUCAGAUGAGAGAAACGGUUCUGACAACUGCUGUGGAAAAUAAGCUGUGAUGCCUUGGCAUGAAAGGAAGGAACAAAAAAUUAAGAUAGCUGUUACUCCAAGAUGGAAGUUCAAGACGGAACAGAACAGCGUUGGAAUGUGUCAAUACUUCAGGAAAUCCAAAGCUCCACAGAUUUUUAAUAGCUUGCACAGAACAAAUAUUGCUGGUAAGAUUCACUUUGUCUGAUAUAGAUAUCUAAAAGUUAACUCUCCAAAGUCAAGGUAGUACUGCUCAACUUUCUCUUUGAUUCUUGGAGAAUAACACUCACCUCUCCUAGCAGAGACAUAUAAAGUACAAGAGGAGCCAAGGGUGAUUUUCUAACACAAUGUGGAGAUCACAGGCUGUUUUCACCAGUCACACAGCAAAUUCUUUUGUGUAAGAAUGAGGAAACAUUGCUGCUGUCCUCCUUCUGUCCACAAUUCAUCAGAGAAAUUCAGACAUUAACAUCCAUGGGGCAAAACCACAGUAGACAGCCAAAUCUUUGUUGUUUCCUAGAAUAAUGGAGCCUACGCCUCUCAACCAGCCUCACAGUCUCAUGUCCCAAAGCUUUACCUAGUCUGAUUUUAAACAAUUGGGCUCAUCAGAUUUUGACCACUUAUUUUCUAUCUUGAGAGCUUGUGCUUUGAGUAUCUUGAGUAUUUUCUGGGAAGGCAGUAAAGAAGUCUUCACGGACAUCCUGACCUUUCAGCCUGUUUGGGUUAGGUUUGUGGUUCGCCGUCGUCUUGUUGCAUGGAUUUUGGGAGGAGGAGUGCUUUUCUCAUUACUGGGAUUUGUUGUUGAAUUUAACUUUGUCUUUUAAAUUGAUGUUUGCUUUGGAAUAACGAUGGUAGCUAAAUAGCCUCCUCCAGUGAGGCAGCACACCUCGCACAUGCCUCCGUCCUUUGACUGCUUUGCCACUGGCUCUUCAAGCUUUGAGUGGAAUGCCUCAUUUAAUGAAAGCCCAGGGUAGAGGAGCACUGUGACGAGAAUAUGGCCAAUCCUUGAAAUGUUCCCCUUUAAAGGGAUAAGCGUUUUGGGGUUAAGUUUGGCUUUUUUUUUUUUACUUUUCUAUGAGAUAGAUUGAUACAAGCUCCCACAGCACUAGGUAGACCGCACCAGGAAAAGCAGGCUUUUAUCAAAAAUAAGGUAUUCUUAAAAAAUAAGGUAACUAAGGUACAGUGGCAGGUUUGCCAUGCAGAAGAGCUCCUCAAGUUGAGAUUUGGGCGUCCUGUGAGAGAAGUGUGGGUUCCUACAUGGAGGGGCUUUGCAAUGAGGAGCUGGUAGAGCUGAUGAAGGAUGUCACGUUUAACAGAACUAAUGUGUGGUGGCUGAUACAACCACGAGCACCCCACACUUGUGGUGGACUUGUGCUGUUUCUUACAGACAUUUGCCUGUCUCCUUUGAACUCAAGUUUGUCCAACCUCCUCUACUCUUUGGCUGAGACUUCAUUUGGCUGAAGAUUGCAGAUGCUAUUUUUAAAAUAUGGGGGUUUUUUCUUUCAGUUUUUAAUAUUCCUUCCAAGUAAUUCUGCAGCCUUUCCCACCUGUGUACCAUAUAUUUACUUACCUGCCCAUUAGGAGUGGGGAGAGAAGUUUAAAGAGGGAUUAAUCCCACUUGAUGUUCACUCUCUAAAAGUCCCUGAUCUGACCUCUUUGCAUCUGCUUCCUCUAUCAUCAGUGGAAGGAGAUGGGCACCUUUGGGGAAGAAUUCAUCUCGCACCACUCUUUUGGGUCUAACUUUAAAUAACUUGAACUCAGAUUAAACUCAUCCUGUUUAUCUGAUAAAGGCAACUUGAGAAGGCAGAAAAUUGCAAAAGCAAGCACUAAAUAAAUUCCCAAAGUACUCCUCAAGGACCAGGGACAUUUCUGCUGUAAGCCUGUAUUUUAGGUGGUUACAAAGUCAGCUGGGUACCUGUUCUUGGAGCUGUGAUUUAACCUUCAGCCUCAGCUCUUCCGGGCUAUUUUCUGAUUAUUGUGUUUUCUUGCUUUGAUAAGUCUAGUUGGUUAUAAAGUAAAAUCAAUGCAUUGGACCAAAUUAGCAAGUUACCACCAUGCUUCUACUAUUUUAAAGCUAGUUGAACCCAGGAAGGUCAAAGAUGAUUGCAGGAAGCCUUUAAGUCGUGUGUGUAUGUCUAGAGCAUGUGAUAGGCUAUAUAGAGAUAUAUACAAAGACAGGGAAGAUGUAUAUUAGCCGUAUACCAUGAGCGACAGAGAAGCGGCACAGUGAUGGUUUCUCUCUGAGCGCUGGGAGGUCUUGCUGUACUUUCAGAGCAGACAGGAGUAUGAAGUUGUGGGACCCCAGCUGCUCUCACCAGUUGCACUAAGGUAAUCCUGGCUUCACUCCAUUGCCUCAAGAUGCUGAAUUUGGUUUUGCCCCAGCGAUCUCCUGAAUUGCCUCCUUUCUGGUAUGUUUUAUGUGCCUGCUCGCUUAGCUGUGAGACUGGCUUUUUAGGGUAGGAUGGAGACGAGCGUCUUCCUUGAGUUAGUUCCACACCCAGGGCUGCAGUCAUUUACAUCUCAUCUUGAUAAUUUCAAUAAAAAGAGCCCCUUCCAAAUACAUCCAUGGCUUGGGGUCACAGGGAUGAUUUUCGGGGAACUCAUCCACACAAAAAAAAGUAGAUAAUACAUAAUGUUAAAUGCAGAAACUCAAGUCCCAGCUAUGGGAACACCAGUUUGCCUGGUGAGCGAGCGAGAAGCAGCAGUUUGACAGCAGAACAUCAACCAGGAGCUCAGUGGGGUGGCAGAAUGCCGUGACUCAAAUACACAGCCGCAUCCCUCAUUGAUCGGUUUUUACGUUUCUUUAAAUGUCGGGGUUUCGGCAAAGUUUUCAUGCUUUUUAUUAAGGCAAAAGUACGUGCUUGUGACAUUGUGAAAUUGAUGUGUUAUUUUGUAUCUGUUUAAAAAACAACAAAAAAAUGUAUUUAAAGCUAAAGAGCCGUUAUUGUGCGGGGUUUUCUCUCAAACUGGUGCAUACACUUUACAUCAGGGACCUACUAUACAUAAUAAAAAUCAGUGAUACAGUUACUGUAAAACCAGAUACACACCUUUUACUGUAAUAAUAACUUUUAAAACCUUGCACUGUAAUGGUUACUAUUAAAAAAAAAAAGAAAAAAAAAAAAAGAAAAAAAAAACAACAACCUCUUGUCAGAACUGAUUUUGUAUCUUUGAUUAUAUCUUGGAAUUUUAGCAUUUUUGUAUACUUACCAUGUCAACGAUAGCAUCCUCCACGGUUAUUUUCCGGGUUCUGUUUCCUUUCCGGCUAAUCAAACACGUGCAUUGCUACAUGUGGAUGGGUAGGGUAUGGCCAUGGGGACCGAGCAGGUCACCCCCCGCUCUUGUUCAGAGGGGUUGCACCCCAACGAGUUGAGAAGGAAAAGCAAAGUCCCCCCGCAAUCCAUCGGGACCAUUUCAGAUCCCAUUCAGAGUUCCAGCCAUCCCAACGUUCCUUUAUUCCGGCGUUGUUGGCUGUGCAGCUCCUUCACACAGCAAUGCAUUGCGAGUAGGUAGGAAAUCCAAACCGACGAGAUAACUUCGCAAUCACUACGUCUAUUGAUUAUUUAUUUUUCCCUUUUUAAACAUUUUUUUUAAAAUAAGAUGUAUUUGGAAUCAGACAGCAUGGUGUUGCAGUUCUAUGUUUAAAUACUGAUACAUUCUGUGUGUAAGGUCUUGUUUCUUAGCUAAGAGAAUCUUAAAUGUGGAGCUGAGUUUGAACCCUUUUUUUUUCCCUUGUACUGUGAUUUGGGAGUUAUUUUGAUAUAUUCCUUUAAUUUGGUAGAAGAUUUCCCACACCUUCUCCCCCCUUCCUAUCAUCAUCAGUUCAUAUUUUUUACAAAACUGAAAAAAAACAAAAACAAACAAAGGAACAAAUAAUCUUUUUUUCUCUCUUUAGGCUGUGUAAUGUUGUGUUGUCCAGAUUCUGUAUAAAAAUAUGUAUAUGAUGUAUCUGAUAUUUGGCAGUGAACGGCUGCAACUUUAACCAAUAUAAUUAACAAAGAAAUGCAUAAUGUUGGUGUUUUAAAAAGUAAAAAAAAAAAAAAAAAAAUCACAAAAAAAAACCUAGUUAAGAUGUUUGUGUAAACUUGCAUGGUUUAAAAUGUACUUAGUGCAUUGAGAAAUGUUGUUAGGGUCCUAAGUGAAAGGCUGGUUUACUUUUUGAUUCUAAUGGUGAUUGGUUUGUUGAUCAGAAUAUCCCCUAUACUGUAUGUCUUAGUUUAUUUAGCAUAUUUCUUUCUUUCUUUUCCUCAAGAUCUAGCAUAGUGUAUCUAUCUAUACGUAAUACUGUUCCUUAAAACCAGGUUGUGGAAAUUGCGUUUCGUCCGGCAAAAUGAUGUUUCGCAUCGCGGUUGUGAUUCAGUUGCGUUCCAUUUAAUUUGCUGCCAAGUCCAGGUCCUGACUUUCCUUUGGGAUCUCACUUGGGAGGUGCCACUGGGACAAGGGGGACCCGAGUGGUUGGACACCAGGACACCAGCGCCAGGCAGUGUCUGACAACAGAGGGGUAUCAGGCCAGGAUUUGGUCUCCUUAAUGAACGUAGGCCAGGUUUUUCCUCUUGGCAGCAUGUGUUUUAUCAGGAUCACAGCAGGCACCCCAUGGGGUUUUCUCCCAGCUCUCUAAUGCAUGAAUUUGGCAUUGAGCGGCAGCCAUCCAACGCUGCUGAAAUAGUGGCAGCGGCGUGUGGACAACCAGCCCUUGCCACCGUGAGGAACACAAUGAACCUCCAGCGUUCGCAAUAAGUUCCAUGCUCCCUUCCAGAAGCACAAACCCACCACGUUCGAGAGGAGCUGGCUCUGAGUCUGGCCAAUGGAUGCAAUGAGAUCGAGGACCAAACGGCCAAGCAAGGGACUGCACAAGUCACGGUUCAUUUUCACAUCUCCUGCCCCCCACCAAACCUCUUAGAAGUUUUCUCCAAGCUUUGCUUAUGCUGAACCACCAGAAUGGGGACAUUUCUAAGCCUCCAGCAGGAGCUGCACUGACAUCAUCAAAAGUCACUGGCUUUAGUGACUAUUAGUGGCUCCUGGGAUUGACCUCACUGCGCUGGUCAAUGAGGACAUGUUCUUGUCUCUUAAUGCCUGAAAAAUCUCCAGUGGCCUUUCCCAAAAAACAAGAUAAAUACAUAGAGCUAUACCAUUUAUUGGUGUUCUUCAUCACAGAGGGUCUCAAAGGGCUUUCCCAACAUAACACAACGUUACUCGUGCAGCCUGUAAAGUGGCAGAGCACUGUUAGGAACCUGCAGCCACGUCUGGGGUGAACCUGCCCAACAUCUGCCAGCUCACGGCAAGUCUAUGCAAGUCUAGUGCAAGAGGUGUGGAUCACAUCUUCGGAAGAGCUUAGCAAAAGUAUAACAUGCAAAAAAUCCCAGCUGAGUCCACACUAAGGCUGAGAGGACAGGUUGACUUGUAAUUUUCAUGUUCUGUGCAGUUCCCCUCUAUUUUCUGUCCUCACACAAUGUUAUGCAUUGAGCUGCCCAAGUAAUCUCAACUUUUCCAGUUUGCUUUCAUUAGUUGUUUCUUUCCUAAAGGUUUUUAAAAUACUAUUGUUGCACAGGAGCAUAGGGAACACGUCUGCCCCUCCUCUGCUCCAGAAAUAAAGCAACUCCAUCCCUUUCUCUUUUCUCCCUUCUUUAUACACAGCUAUUGGCAAAUUAACUUUCAGUCUUCUCUGACCUCCGCCACUUCCUUUAAACCAGGCUUACACUCUGAUUUUGCUGCUUGAUGUUCUAACUGGUUUUAAUCUGGACAGAAAUAGACAGCCUGACAUUAGGCACUGGCAGGAACCCUUGCUUGGCAUGCAGAUACAUGCACUGUCCCGUGGCCAGAUCAUACAGCUUGCUGGAUGCCGGCUUGUGGCCCUGAUGCUGACUACAAAUCCUGUGAUUUAUUGCAGGAUUGGCUGCAUCUCUGAAAAGCUGCUCGUGGCGGUCACCUCCCCAGCUUGGUAAGCUUUAUUCUUACUUUGUUCCAGAUCCAGAGGAGAUGGAGAUGCCCAAACACUGGCUGUCUGGUGAGAGAACAUCACCUGGUUGAUGUUUCACGGCACCAUGCUCAGUGGAUCUUUCUUUUCAAGAGGGAUUCAAUCACUCCUGAAGUCUUUGUAUAGAAAAACUCCUGCUGAAAUCAAGUUUUGCUUUCAACUGCUGUGAGAUGAGUUACUUCAGACCCCUCAAGGUUGUAUGUGGAGCAUCCUCAGAUGGAGGACAUCAGUAUUCAGCCCCUUGCGAGAGCCUUUCCUGAUAGUCGAGAUUCACUUCUACAAAGCUGGCCUUCUGUAUCUUCAACGUCUCUGGGAGAAAGGAGCUGUGCCUUGUUAGAAAAAAGCUUAUUCCCUGACAGAUGCAAUCUGGGAGUUUGCCCACAUAGCAUCACCUUGUCAUUGUCUAUCUGCCUCUUCUUGGCCACACGUAUAUCGAUGGGAAUCUGGCUUUUAGACCAGCAUCCUGCAGACACUCAGCCUCCGAUGGUCAGUCCUCCUCCCGUCUCAAGGCCAGCAUGCAAAUGUUUUCAUUUGAGCAAUUAACCAUACAUCUGAUGUAAAUUAUCAGAGUCCCACAGAAAUAACUGGAGCUAUUCUAACAGGCACCAGCCAAGGGCAGGGCACAGCUCUCUACCGGCUGCCAGAAAGAUGUUCAUCUUCUAGUUGCCUACCAAGCUUUGAUUUGCUCAAUGGGAGCAUGUUCUGGGGUUAGAUAAAAAUCCUCUUAAAAAAUAUUACACUGGUUUACAAGCUCUCUACACCCUCUAACCUCACUAGUAACCCAUGAGAAGAAUCUUUCUGUAUAGACAGACUUUCCCCUUCCUGCCCCUAAGAAGAACAAAUCCCGUGACAACCUUUAAUUUCCAUCCUCAAAACCAAGUAAAAUUAAAUAAGAAAACCUCAAGCCCUGAAAAUAUUCAGCAAAGUCAAGGUGAGGCUGAGAUUUUGCAGGACGGAGCUGUGGAUUUAUGCAGGACUCUACAUGACUGUUUUAUUCCCAACGCAAUAAAAACUAACCAACUUACUGUAGCAAACCUUGCACCAGGUGCUAUCUCCCAAAACCGUCUGCAUGGGACAGUCUGCCCUGUAUUUUCUCUGCCUCGCAGCACUUUGUAGAAUGUUGGAAGGGAAAAUACCCCCUUUGCCUCUGUCCCAGCAGGCGUGGAUUGCAAGUGGGGAAAACUAUGUGGCUUUACAUCUGUUCUAUUUCCUUCUUUCUUUCUUUCUCUUUCUUUCUUCCUUUCUUCCUUCAUUUCUUUCUUUCUUUCUCUCUUUCUUUCUUUCUUUCUUUCUUUCUUUUUCUUUCUUUCUUUCUUUCUUUCUUUCUCUCUUUCUUUCUUUCUUUCUUUCUUUCUUUCUUUCUUUCUUUCUUUCUUUCUUUCUUUCUUUCUUUCUUUCUUUCUUUCUUUCUUUCUUUCUUUCUUUCUUUCCUUCCUUCCUUCCUUCCUUCCUUCCUUCCUUCCUUCCUUCCUUCCUUCCUUCCUUCCCUCCCUCCCUCCCUUCCUCCUUCCUUCCUUCCUUCCUUUCCUUCUCUCUCUUUCUCUCUCUUUCUUUCUUGCUUUCAUCUCUUUAUCUUCCUCCCCUCUCAUUCUCUCUUUCUCUUUCUUCAUCUUUCUCUCUUUACCUCAUUCUUUCCUUUCUUCCUUCCCUCUAUUUUCCUUGUGAGAUGAGGAGGUGGAAGGUUCACUGGAAGCCACUGAAUCUGUGAAAGCAAAUCCCAUUGGUCUUUCCAACACACUUCCGAAGUUCAGUUGAGGGUGUUCUCAUGGAGAGCUCACAGAUGUCCCUUUGGAGAGACCCUUCUGUUGUGCUUUUGUUCAUGUCCCCCUCCUGACUUGUUUUAUUUUCCUGUUCUGGAUUCUCUCUUUCACUGGUGUUAUGCCCAGUGUCUUUUUUUGACCUUUAACAAGCUGAAUCUUGAACUUAACCAGGAAAAUGAAUGUGGAUACAUUGUCCCAGGAUCUCAUUGAUUUGUCUCCCACCUUCCAUCUGAGAGCCAAGUGUCUUCUUCUUCAGAGAGGAAAUGCUACUCAGAGCAACUGGUGGCACCAAGGAUCUCUGGAUUCUCAUCUCAGCUUUCACUCUCUACUUUGUCUAUGCGUGCCUCAGUUUACCCACCCAGGUAUAAUAGUAUCUACCUCCCAGGGGUGUUGUGAGGCUCUGUUACUGAGAUCCUUGUCUGAAAAGUAGGUUAGAAGUGCCCACUGUUCAUAGAUUAGCUCAUCAGCGUUCCCUGUACAACUUCUUGAGACAUCAGUGUUGGCAGAAGUCAAUAUUGUCAUUUGAUUCAUUGCUUUCCUCUGGUGCCACGUUUUGGGGCAUUUAGAGAGGAGGCAAGGCUGGAUAUGACAUGUGGAGGAGAUCAGAUAUGGGAAGCUCUGCUCUUAUUCUUGAGACAGCUAAAAUUACCAACACACCCGUGGACAAAGGGUUUCUUUCUCCAUCCUGUCCGAAGCCUCCAACAACCACCUAACGAGUCUCUUUGUCACCAUGAACACUCAGUCUUCGGAUUACAAAAAUCUCGCUGGAGAAUCAUGCAAAGGAACAUUUUGUUUGCACAUGAGAUGCCGCUUUCUGUGACACAGUCUGGGAUGCUACUUUAUCCCAAGCUUCAUCUUAAGCAGAAUGAAUGGUCAACAGAGUGAAAACCAUUCUGUCCAAAUGCAGGAAUUUCUGCUACUUCCUUUGAGAAAGCCAGUAAUCUAAGAACCUUCUUUGAGGUGGUCUUUGAAAGAUGCAAGAAGAUUGGAUUAGGACACAAAAUGGUAAAAAUAAAUGAAUAAAUAAAUAUUCAAAGUGCAAAUUAUCCUCCAAGACAUGGAAAAGGAGCCCAUGCAAGACCCUUCUUGUGCACCAUGUGAAUUUGGCUAACUGCAGGAUGAAUUAUGUCUUCUUACCCACAGUGGUACAUGGAAAUUUUUGGAGUGCAUCUUCCACAUUGGAAAGCAGGACUCAAGUAACUUCUGCUUCAUUUGCCUUUGAAAGCUGAGUCACAAACUCAAAAAUACAGAAGAGGAGAACUUUAGCUAAAGUGAACCAAGUUUUCUGCAUGGGGGAGUUGGAUAGGAAAGAAAGUUCCAUCCCUUAAGAGUUUUGUGAAUUUGUUUUUCCAGCCCACACGGAAACCUCAGUGCUAACAACAAACAUGAAACAAAAAUACGCAAAACAAUGCAUAUGUCAACAAAAACAUGUCAAAGAAGACAUCCAACAGCCUCAAUCACGUCCUUCAUUUCCCCAUGGCUAUGGUAUUUUCCAACAGGAAAAGGUGCCUGCAGCAACGUUCUGAGCAUCACAAACAGCUUGUACCAUGAGAUCCUCCCUCGCAGGGUGGGAAGAACCAGGUACUCAAGAGGAGUUUGUCCCCCUCAGCCUGGAGAGCACCAAGAACAAGGAGGCACCGACUCAAGCCCUUCUUGACCUUCAGCCGAACCAGGACAGGGCUGUUGUUCAUUCCUGAGGUGAUAAAAUCUUCUACUGCCUUAAAAACAACAACAAACAAAGCAAAUUUACUCUUUGGUUUAUGCAGUUUAACUUGCUGGAAGCAAUACGACCCGCAGGAGCUGUACCAGGCAUUGAGAAGUUCAAUCUAGAGGUUGGCAGGAAGAUUCUCUUUAAUUCUAUUUUUAAUACAACCGUGUUUCUUUUCUGCUUUGGGGUGAAACUUGAAAAGUUCCUGGACUACUAAAAUUUGGAAAAAGUCACCAUUAUCCAACAGGGAAGUCCAUGCUCCUUGGCCUGAGAAGCACCUUGUCAAUUGCCCCACAAUGAUAAGCACAUGGUAGAGGUUAGAGGGACCAUAACAGCCCAUGGCGACAAAGAAAUAAGCACACUGUUAAGGUUAAAGCACACGAACAAGCCUGCUCCGUAAUCCUGAUAAAAACCGCUGCCUAGGAGUGAAUUCCUCUCCUCAAAAGUCCCAAACCCACAUUCACACUCCUCAUUCCUCCCUUCCCGCUCUGCAAUUUCUCAUCUAGACAUCACCCCCCACUCCCAGGCCAGGCUUACCCCAGUUUAUUCUGCUUAGCACGGCUCUUGCAUUCACCCCAAACAACAAAACAGCCUCUGCAGAAGGUCCCUGUGUGCCAAGGGGUGAUUUUCCCAGGAGCACGAACACCCUUGGGAGCUGCAGGAGAGCCUGAAACAACCUUUUUUCAGCAAACAGGUUGAUUUUCAGGUCUUCCUUAGGUGGGUGCCAGCAGAACUUUGCAGGAAAAGCUGACCAGAUGGCUUAUCCUAGCAAAACCUCUUUUCUUAGACCUGGCUGAAACACCUAGAGCUUUGCAUCAGAUCUGGGGCUUGUGCACUUGCCUUUCCCCUGGCCCAUUUGUGCGCUUUGAUUUCUGAGCUGUUUUAAUUUUUGUUGGGUUUUUUUUGCACUAUCAGGAGUUUUUAAAACUGUGUUAAUUGUAGUCAGCUGCAUCAUGUUUGUUAGGCCUCUCCACCAAGCUCUUUAAAUGAACGUCAGUGGCUGUCUUCCCUUGGACAAUAAUGAAUGUAUAUAUCGUAAGUGCAGACUAUACAGAAAAGUGGCUAAGUCAAGGAUCAGAGGGUUUUGUAAAGCCUGUUUAUUUUUUUAAAUAAGUUUGAGCAUUUAUAUUUUACCACCAUUUACGUGGUUUUGGGGAACCCAGAUUGUGUCAAGAUCUCAUGCCAAAACAAGCCAAAAGUUGUUUGAUUUCAACCUUUUCUUCCAUGAACCAUAUUUUAAAUGAUACUUUAAAUGUCAUUUUAAAUGUUUUAUUGAAACAUGUACUGAUGAAAAAAACAAAAAAACAAAAAAACAAAAAAAAAACAAACAAAAUGUCAUCUUGACAAAAGAUUUAUACAUGAAUCAGAAAGUAUUUAUUUCAAUUUUGUACCUUUCCAUUUUAAUACAUUAUAAUGUAUUGACUCAACUGAGAUAAUAUAAACAGUUCAUUUUAAUAACA